UCGAUAGCGGGGAAGACUGUGCUAGCAAAAGUUUUUGUAUUCUAAUUUAAUAAGGAUAUAAGCUGUAAAAAUGGAAUGUUUGAUAGGAAUUCAAUUUAAGGACUUCGUUCUCAUUGCUGCUGACAUGACUAACGCUACUUCAAUUAUGGUCAUGAAAAACGAUGAACACAAGAUCUUCAAAAUAUCAAACAAACUUGUGAUGGCCGUUUCUGGUGAAAGUGGAGAUGCCAUACAAUUCUCUGAAUAUAUUAAUAAAAAUUUGCAACUAUACAAAAUGCGAAAUGGCUAUGAACUGUCUCCAAAAGCAGCUGCUAAUUUUACAAGAAGAAACUUGGCAGAUUAUUUACGCUCUAGAACACCAUACUUUGUUAAUAUGUUGAUGGCUGGUUAUGACGAUCAAACUGGUCCAGAACUAUAUUUCAUCGAUUAUUUGGCAUCAUGUGUUAGAGUACCUUAUGCUACACAUGGUUAUGGAGGAUUCUUUUCUCUUACCAUCCUUGAUAGAUACUAUAAAUCGAGUAUGACAGAAGAUGAAGCCUACAUAUUAUUGAAAAAGUGUGUGAGUGAAGUUCACAAAAGAUUAAUUAUCAAUCUACCAAAUUUUAAAGUUCAAAAAAUAUCAAAAGAAGGAAUAACAGAACUGCCACCAAUUACAGCCCAAAACUUAGCUGUUGAAGCUGUUACAAAAGCGUGAAAAUAAUGUUUUCCUUUUAUACGUAAUAAUAAUGAUAAUAAUAAAACUGAUAUUUGUGUGAGCAGGAUCACUUGGAAUAAUCAUAUUUAAUUUUUCUUUGUUGCUAAACAACUUUGGUUGUACUAAAUAAA